CUCUUUAAAUCUAGAGUUACUUCCCCCUAGCAAUUCCCGCACUUUUUCUCCCGCAAUAUUUUCCCAUUCCCUGCUGUUGAUUGACCCUCGUGUAUAUUACCGGUCACAUCCGUUCAACAGAUAAUUAGCUGAGAUUUAAUCCGAUAGACGUGAUUGCUAAUUAAGCAUGUAGAGAAAUCAUCUACUGAAUUCUUUAUUACGCUAAUCUUAAAAACAUAACGUCUAUAAUAAAACCUAGAAUUUCUUACGAAGCUGUCGUUGUCUACCUUGGCUUAAGUUCUCACUACCUGAACAUACUGCGACCUCGUCCUUACCGGAUCUAAAUAUUACCUGCUUAUUGUUACAAUGGAUUGAUUGUGACACCUUCCUCCUCUACAUUGGGUCUAUAAAUAAUACAAUAUCAGAGGACAUUGGCAUCAGAGGAAUUUUACUGCAGAAGCGUCAUCAAUAUUUAUCAUAUUUUGAAGAUGAUGUUACACAGAACAGGAUAUAAGAACCCUGUUUAUGUAAAUUAACUGUGAAUUUCAGUAAAAUAUUUCUUCUGGGUGACGUUAUUGGUGAAAUUUCUUGGAUUCACUCUGAAAUGGGUAAAACCUAAAUUUGAAUUCUAAAUAAACUUGGAUAAAUUUACAAAGACAUUUGCAACAUCUUAAGAUAUCAGCAAAGCUUAUAUUUGAUAAAAAUAUGGCAGUUGUAACAUUUGUUAGGAAUAAAAUAUAGAAACAAGAAGAUAGGACAUUUCCAGACCAUUUUGUUGAAGAAAAAAAUUACAGAAAGAAAAAUUGUGUGAGAAACUUUAAUUUUUGGUAGAUUUACCUGCAGAGAUGCCAAAAGAAAGAGGAAAAUCUGUAUACGACUGUGAUAUCUGUAAAAAAUCAUUCUCUAAAAAGGUAACCUAACUAUUCACAGAAAUAUUCACACAGGAGAGAAACCAUAUCAUUGUGAUAUCUGUGGUAAAUCAUUCUCUACAAAUAGUACCUUGGCUAUUCAUAAACGCAUUCAUACAGGUGAGAAGCCCUAUCACUGUGGUAUCUGUGGUAAAUCUUUCUCUCAAAGGAAUACCUUGACAAAUCACAAGCAUGUUCAUACAGGUGAGAAACCACAUCAUUGCGAUGUCUGUGGUAAAUCUUUCUCUCUGGUAAAUACCUUAAAUGUUCAUAGAAAUAUUCAUAUAGGAGAGAAGCCAUACCAUUGCGACAUAUGUGGUGAAUCAUUCUCUAGAAAUAAUACCUUAACUGCUCACAAACGCAUUCAUACAGGUGAGACACCAUAUCAUUGUGAUACCUGUGGAAAAUCAUUUCCUCACAGGAAUACCUUAACUGAACACAGACGUGUUCAUACAGGUGAGAAGCCAUUCCACUGUAAUAUCUGUGGUAAAUCAUUCUCUCAAAAAUCUAUUUUGGCUAUUCACAUGCAUAUCCAUACAGGUGAGAAGCCAUAUCACUGUGAUGUCUGUGGAAAAUCUUUCUCUCAAAAGCCCCAUCUAAGUGCACACAAACGCAUUCACACAGGUGAGAAACCUUAUCAUUGUGAUAUCUGUGGUAAAUCUUUUACUCACAAAAAUACCUUAUCUAACCACAAACCUACUCAUACAGGUGAGAGAAAAUACCAUUGUGAUAUUUGCGGUAAAUCAUUCUCUCGUAAUGAUCUCUUAAGUGUACACAAACGUAUUCAUACAGGAGAGAGACCAUAUCACUGUGAUAUCUGUGGUAAAUCAUUCAGUCGUAGUCACCACUUAACCGCUCACAAACAUAUUCAUACAGGAGAGCAACCAUAUCGCUGUGAUAUCUGUGGUAAAUCAUUCUCUCACAGAAGUACCAUAGCUGUACACAAACAUGUUCAUUCAGGAUUGAAACUAUAUCACUGUGAUAUCUGUGGUAAAUCAUUCUCUCAAAGUAGUAAAGUUAAUCUUCACAAACGUAUUCAUACAGGUGAGAAGCCAUACCACUGUAAUUUGUGCAAUAAAUCGUUUGCUUACAAAACAAAUUUAACCAACCAUAAACGUACUCAUACAGGAGAGAAACCAUAUCACUGUGAUAACUGUGGUAAAUCUUUCUCUUACAAAACUAAUUUAACUAUUCACAGACGCACACAUACAGGUGAGAAAUUAUAUCACUGUGAUACCUGUGGUAAAUCAUUCUCUCAUAAAAAUACUCUAACUCUGCACAAACAGACUCAUACAGGAUUGAAACCAUAUCGCUGUGAUGUCUGUGGUAAAUCAUUCUCUCAGAGUUUUAAAGUAACUCUUCACAAACGCAUUCAUACAGGUGAGAAACCGUAUCACUGUGAGAUAUGCAGUAAAUCUUUCUCUUGCAAAAGUAACUUAUACACCCAUAAACGUAUUCAUACAGGUGAGAAACCUUAUCAGUGUGACAACUGUGAUAAAUAUUUCUCUUGCAAAACUAAUUUAACUCAUCACAAACUUACCCAUACAGGUGAGAAACCACACCACUGUGAUAUCUGUGGUAAAUCAUUUGCUCACAGAAGUUCUAUAACUGUUCACAAACGUACCCAUACAGGAGAGAAACCAUAUCACUGUGAUAUCUGUGGUAAAUCAUUCACUCACAGAAGUGCUGUAACUGUACAUAAACGUACUCAUACAGGUGAGAAACCAUAUCACUGUGAUAUCUGUAGUAAAUCAUUCUCUCGAAGUGGUGACCUAUCCACUCACAAAUUUAUCCAUACAGGUGAGAAACCUUACCACUGUGAUAUCUGUGGGAAAUCAUUCUCUGUAAAAGUUAACUUAACUAAACACAAGCGUAUUCAUACAGGUGAAAAGCCAUAUCACUGUGAUAUCUGCGGGAGAUCAUUCACUCAAAAGGGACAUUUAAGUAGACACAAAUGUAUUCCUUCAGGAAUGAAAUCAUCAUUGUGACACCCGUGGUGAAUCAUUCUCUGAAAUAGAUCACUUGACCACUCACAGACGAAUUCAUUAGGAGAGAAACCAUGUCAUUGUGAUAUCUGUGGUGAAUGGUUCUCUCAAAUAUAUCUCUUAGAUCAGUGGUUUUCAA